GAAUAUCUUCUUUCGACGUAUUUCUCACCGAACUCCGCAAACGGAGAUUCGACAACGCCGUCGACAAUCACUCGAAUGAGUGCCGUUGCAUCGGCGUUAUUGGCCGAAAAAGAUGUCGGAAGCGGUCCGCUUAGCGAACUUAAGACAAUAAUGCUGGAGAAUGAUGUGAGUGCAUUCGAGCUGAAUUAUAGCGGAGUGCUGACAUCGUUGAUUAAUUAUCUAACGAACACAUCGCCAUUAUUGCAACCACCACGUAAACUUCGUUUGAAGCGUUUCGCUGCUGUUUUUAUGUCACUUCAUCCAGACAAUUUACGUCCAGCUGAUGAGUCAGGCAGUUGGACAGCAUUCGAAACACUUGUAACGAAGUUACUAGCAUCAGUUGCUCAACUUGAACAAUUUCAGGUGAAAGUUAGUGAUAUGGGUGGCAUUUUAACGGGUAACUCCACUGGUGCAUUACGAGGAGCACAAGCACUAAGAUUCUUUCAAACUCAUCAAAUAAGGUGUAAUCUAAGGAGGCAUCCCACAUGUCGUGAAUUGAAAGAAUGGAGACACGGACAUGGCUCUAUCAAAGUGGAUCCGUUCACGUCGAUCUCAGCGAUCGAGAGAUAUUUACUUGAUCGAGGUGUUGGUUAUGUGCGUGGCGAGGAUUCGUCUGGAGACGAGGACGCGAGUGACGACGACGAAAUGCCAUCGGCGAUUCGUCAGUAUUCACCUGCGAUGAUGAGUAGCGAUGGUAGCGAUCAAUUAGCAAUGGCCACAGGCCUAUGGGUGAACACUCAUACACUCUACUAUCGAGCCGCAUCGAACUCGCCACCUCCAGAAUCCAAUAACGAUUCCCCUAGCACUCCAACAACUGCAUCUUCGUCCAAAUCGCCAGGCAACUCGAAAGCAGAACGAAAAGAGCGAAAGUAUAAGAUUGAUGAGAAACUUUGGCUAGGUCAGUUUUAUCGCUUCAGUCGGAAUCAAACUGAUUCAAAUUUUCAAAAGUAUCAAGUUUCAGAUGGUGAAGUACCGACAUAUGAUAGCCCAUUGGAUCCGUACUUGACUAGUCAACUUCCGGUUGAAAUCGAUGAUCCGUCAGUGUGUUCGUUGGUUCUGUUGCGUUGUUUGUAUGGACUGAAUCGUUUUUGGUGGUCACUGUUCGACGACGAGGAUGUGCCACCGACAAGUCACGCUCCGUUACUACCUCACACAUCAUUUCAUUCAGCCAAAUUGAAUGCCAAAAUGUCCCGUCAACUGUCCGAUUUCCUGUCGGUCGCCACUCAACAACUACCCAAAUGGACUACGGAUCUCGUUAGAGCAGCGCCAUUCAUCUUCACGUUUACAUCUCGCCGUAAUCUGUUGUAUUGUACGGCAUUUGGUCGCGAUCGUGCUCUCAUGCAUUUAGUGAAUCAAACUGACGGCGGUCAUGCCGAUGGAGAGAGUGGACGGUUGACGCCCAGAUUGGAGAGACGUAAAGUGUCGAUUAAACGCGAUGACUUGUUACGGCAAGCCGAACAAACCAUGAAUCAUCUAGGAGGAAGCAGAGCAAUGUUAGAAGUGGGUUUCGAAGGAGAAGCAGGCACAGGUUUUGGUCCAACGCUUGAAUUCUAUUCGACAGUCUCACGUGAAAUCCAAAAGGCGUCACUGAAACUGUGGCACGGCAAAAGUAUAUCGGCCAAUGUUGAAAAUUCGGGUUUGUUUUGA